AUGGUCGCAAAUCGCGCCCCCGCCCCAACUACAUUAUCGCUGCAAACGAAUCACGAUGGGAAAGGACUCGGAAUUCAAACCCCGACCCCGACAUCGUCGUCUCUCACACCCCCAGUGACUCCGAUCGGGAAAGAUGGCGAGCACUCAAUCCCUCCAUUGGGCGCCACCCCCGCAGAAACAGCUCAGCUGCGCCAUAUCUCAUCGCCGCUGCGCUUUACCGACGACCUAAAGGUAGAUUACGUCGAGGAUCGACCUGUUGAAUUCGGUCGCGGUGCUUGGAGUAUCGUCUACAAGGCGCGCUCAAUACCAAGUGCACCAAUACCUAUUCAUACUCCGCCCAGUUCACCUAUCGCCACAACCCGUGUCUACGCUGUUAAGGCUCCCCUGCGCAAAGAUGCACGUCCAGUCUUGCAGGCUGAAGGGCUGACAUUGACGCGCCUGAAUCUGACACCUGGGUACGAGCGGUACAUCAUUCCGUUUCACGGGUACCACUCCGAUACCGAGGCACUGGUUAUGACUGCCGUCCCACUGGCAUUAUCAACAUACAUCGAAGAUCAAGCCGACCUUAUCCGGAAACAAGGGCCUUCAACGGCAACUAUGUUUGAUCCAGUACAAGGUCCGGAUUCAUGGCGUGAUCUUGCCCGUAAGCUUAUUGGUGGUUUGGAAUGGUUACACAAGAGCGCUGGUAUUAUUCACGGGGAUAUCAAGCCGCAUAAUCUGCUUUUGCGACCCAUUCCGGAUGAAGGCUCGGAAGGCGCCGGUGCCUUUCCAUAUGAACCGCUUUUUGCCGACUUUUCCUCUGCACUGGAUCUUUCGUUAUGCGGUAAUGCACAAGAUGCGAGUCAAAGUUCCAUGUCGGCGUUCACGCCGCCGUUUACCGCGCCGGAGCUUCUUUCGCUUAAGGCUUUGAAAUCGGGGGAGGCUGUGUCUUCGCCCGCUUCGGAUGUUUUCUCCCUUGCUGCAACGCUUGUUGCUGCUGCGACUGGUGACUUAUUGUUGUAUCCCGGUUCAAGUAGUAUGCAGCGGUUAGCGAUGGCAAGGGAUGGACAUCGGAUUUUGGAGUUCACGAGGUGUGGUACGAAUGGUUCGCGUGUUCCAAGGGGUGGGUUCGUGGAGAAGUUGCUGUUGCCUGCCGUUGCCAAGGACCCGAUGGAACGGAUCGACACUUCUGACUGGGUGAAGAUGGCACAUGCUUGA